UUAACAGAGCGGUACAGAAAAGUUUUACAGCUGUCGACCUCAAGAAGACGACAAAACUUUGAGUAAUAUUUUUGAAUAUAUCUGAUCUCUCUAAUAUAAAACGAACAUGCGAUCUGUAGCGCUUUUACUCUUUGGGAUUCAUCUCGCCUUUGCUAAAUAUUACCUCAGUCUAACCUGUGAAGAUGAGACUGUAAGUGUGACAGAUGGAACUGUUACCUGCAGAUUCCCUUUUGUGAAGGGUAAUUGCUGCGUUAUGAAUUACACAAUAUUUACUGAAUAUUUCCGAACUCAAGUCUGUAGAAAGGAGUUCAGUACAGAUCAUUGUGUGGAGAUGGACAGCUUCUCAUGUCCUUACAUUGUAAAAGCAGCAAUGACAACAAAAUUUGUGUUCUUUGUGAAAAUCACUUGUGGAGUAAAAACACCAGAAUUCAGAGUGAAUCUAAGAGAAACAAGCACUGUGUCAGGAAAAACUUUUACUAAUGCCCCGACUGACAAACCUGAUCAGAGACACAGGGAUGAGUUAUUUGAGGUUAAAGUCGCUGCUGGAUGUGUGCUGCCUCUCAUCGUCUUUGCUGCUAUAAUGGGAGUUAUUGUGUGGAUGAAGUCCAGUCAGGGUAAAAGACUUUUAAGAGGUUAUUUGAGAGGCAGAACCACAGAUUCUGAUCCAGUGUCAGAUCAACAAAUGCAGAGGUAUCCCUCUUCUGAGUCUAUGGAAAGACCUAUUACGUUUUAAUAAGUUUAAUUUUGUUUAGAUUUCAGCCAUGUGUGUUGUCUGUAUGUAUUGUUAGCUGCAGAUCCAGUUAAACUGAAAGUUGCACUUGACUUUUAUUAGUUCAAUAUAAUCAUUCACAACCGGAUCAAUAUGCAGUUUCUUACAGCGCCUGGAGAACCAAAUACACAGAAGCGUUACUCAGUUCAUUUAUAAGCAUAUUAUUAGGUUUUUAUUAAAAGCGUAAUGACAUGAUGAGCAAUCAAACUUUUCUUGAGCUUUUGACAUAAAGUAUGGAGGUCUCAGUAUCAUUAAUACAUCCUGCAAGUGUCAUAGUUUAAAACAUCCUCCUCAUAGAUAACAAAACCAUUUAUGUUAUCAAACUCAUAAAAACUCUUUCCUGUACGAUGACAUAACUCUCUGCUUAACUAACACAGAACGAUGCGUUGUUGGUGAGACUAACUAGCUGGUCAUGACACAUAAUCAUUUGAUGCAGAUUAUGUUGGUUCAACAACAGUUAAUGACAUCACAUACCUGUUAGAGUAAUACUGUCUCCUAAUGAAUCCACUUGAGAUUGAAUUAAUGUCAGACUAUUGCUGUAAAUAAUGAUCAGGACAUCUAAUUAAGACUUUUACUCAUAUUUUUAUUCUCCAUUGUUUUGCUUUAUUUCCUAAUGUUUUAUUGAGAUGCAGUUCCUUCUUACAUCACUUUGAGUUGCUCUUGGCUUAGUAGAGUACAUGCACACUGUUCAGAAAUAAUUUUAUUGACAAAUUAAAAGACAUACAUUUAAAUUUGUAUGCAUUUAAUAUGUAAAUGCAAUUAACUGAAUGUUGCUUGCAUAUUGUACUCAAGCGCAUGAUCUGUGUAAGUCUUCAUGUCAUACUAACACACAACUGCAUUGAACCACAGCUUGAGAGAGAGCAACACAUGUUUGCAAUGCACUUUGUGAAUGCACUUUGAGACGAUGGUUUCAAGAAAAACACAAACUGUUGAACUAUGCUGUAAUGACAGAACUUGCGACCAUGGAUGUCUAACAAUGUUUUUGGGAAACGCUCGUUCCCC